AGUCACGCGGGAGACUCUCGAAAUAGAAGUGAUUGCUAUCACUCUGAGGCUUCGAAUCGAGCCACAGCCACAUCCCUCGGAGAAAUGUCAGCGGUGGUCGAACUGUGUUUGAUCGCGACUUUGCCGUUCCAAAACUCCGAGGGCAGUCACGAGAUGAGGCCUCACUCGGUUGCAGGUACUUAAAGGGACUGCGACCUUCUCCUCAGCUCGGUCUUCCCAUUGCCCAUUGCCCAUUGCCCAUUGCCUCUAUCUUUCAUCUUCCCUAUUACGGUUCAAUUACAAUCGAUCCCAUCUCCUACCACCAUGCAGAUCCCCACGACUCAGACUGUUGCGCUCGUUCGCGAGCUUGGAGGGAAAGUCGAGUUCAAGACCGACUACCCUGUGCCUGUUCCAGGCAAACGGGAGGUCCUGGCUAAGAUUCUGUAUACUGGCGUGUGCCAGAGUGAUCUCCACACCAAGUCUGGAACUGCUGCCAGUGCAAACGGCACCCCUAUCACACAGAUCAAGCUCCCCCAUGUCGGUGGCCACGAAGGCGUAGGACGCAUCGUCGCUCUGGGUCCUGACUGCGGCCUGGGCAUCAAAGUCGGCCAGCUGGUGGGCAUCCGUUUCGGCAGCCGUGUGUGCCGCCGCUGCGAGUUCUGUCUUGCUGGUACGGAACAGUACUGCCUGAAUAGCACGAACCAUCUGCACCACGAGGAUGGCAGCUUCCAGGAAUACAUUGCCCUGGACGCGGACUAUCUCACCCAGCUUCCCGACGAUGUCAACCCGGCGGAGAUUGGACCUGUUCUCUGCGCUGGACUGACGGCGUACAAGGUGAGCAUAAUCUCCCUCUUUCUCCAUGGACUUACUAAUUUCCAGGCCGUUUUGAACACCCAGAUCAAGCCCGGAAACUGGCUGGUGGUUGUGGGUGCCGGCGGUGGCCUGGGUCACUUGGCAGUUCAAUACGCCAAGGCACACGGCGCACAGGUCAUCGGAGUGGACGCUGGGGCGAGCAAGCGCGAGUUUGUGCUGCGCAUGGGGGCGACGGAAUUCAUCGACUUCACCACCACGGAUCCAGUGGCGCGCGUCCACGAGAUCACAGGCCUGGGCGCACACGCCGUGGUGGUGACCGCAGGCAGCGCGGGAGCCUUUGCGCACGCCUGCGAGAUGCUUCGCGUGGGGGGGACCCUGAGCUGCGUGGGGAUCCCGGCCGGGCGACCCGCGCUCCAGACCCCCAUUUGCACCAUUGUCAUCAAGGGCCUUCGUAUCACGGGGAACCUGGUCGGCUCGCUGAAGGAGUGCAUGGAGGCCGUGGAGCUGGUGCGACGCGGGAUCGUCAAGCCGGAGAUCAAGGUGCGCAACUUCCAGGAGCUGCCGGCCGUGUACGAGGAGAUGGAGAAGGGAGAUAUCUCGGGUAGAAUUGUCCUGAAGAUUGCGCAGGAAUAGAAAAAAAAAAGAAUAGAGAAUAGAGAAUAAUUCAUUACUACAUAGAAGCAACUACACAAGUCAAAUAACCUCUUAAUCAGUCUGAUCAGUCUGAUCGGUCUGGAGCCAU